AUGGCCAACGACAGUUAUUCAGGAUCGCAUUCUAAAUCUGGAUCAAUGAGCUCUUUGGAUUCACAGGUCGAUUUGGAGUGGAAGGAUAAUACAGUUGGCGAGAACCCUACCCCAUUAUCUAAGGAAGCUCUUGAGAGCCAUAGGAAGGCUAUGGCUUCGAUUGCUCCGAUUCUCGAGUCAUUUACCCCAAAACGUUCUGUGGAUGAGAACACUGUUUCCUCGAGCAGUCAUAAAUUGGAGAAAACUACUUCCAAUGUAAGUUCUCUCAGUAUUGGAGCCAACUUCAACGGGGCAGGCCCUAAUGCUUCGAACUCUGCAACUGGUUCGCAAUCUGGGACAACAACGGGCACACAUACGCCUAAAAAUAGGGCAGUCUCAGUUUCUGAAGUUAGUGGACCUGAGUUACCCAAGAUCGGGAAGAUCGGCGUUUGUGCAAUGGAUGCCAAAGUUCUCAGUAAACCAUGCAGACAGAUUUUGAACAGAUUGAUUGCUAACGGAGAAUUUGAAACUGUUAUUUUUGGAGACAAGGUUAUUUUGGAUGAAAGUGUUGAAAACUGGCCUACAUGCGAUUUUUUGAUCAGCUUUUUCUCCACCGGUUUUCCCCUUGACAAAGCGAUUGAAUACGUAAAGCUCAGAAAACCCUAUUUCAUUAAUAAUUUAGUCAUGCAGAAAGCACUGUGGGAUAGAAGACUGGUGUUGGAACUUUUAAAUACGUCUGGUGUUCCUAGUCCUGAACGCCUAGUGAUUUCAAGAGAUGGAGGACCUAUAGUGGACAAAGAACUGAAAGCGGAAUUGGAAAAACACGGUGUUUGUGUCGAAGAGGUUAAAGAACCAAAUUGGGAAAUGAUUGAUGAGGACACACUUUGCGUAGAUGGAAAAGUUUUGAAGAAACCGUUUGUUGAGAAGCCCGUCGAUGGUGAAGAUCACAACGUCUACAUCUAUUAUUCCAGUAAAAAUGGGGGCGGUGGAAGAAGGCUUUUUCGUAAAAUUGGCAACAAAUCUUCUGAGUUUGAUAAGGAUUUAACCAUGAUUAGGACUAAAGGUUCUUACAUAUACGAAAAGUUCAUGGAUACCGAUCACUUUGAGGACGUCAAAGCCUACACCGUGGGCCCUAAUUUCUGUCACGCUGAGACUAGAAAGUCACCUGUUGUUGAUGGAAUUGUCAGAAGAAACACACAUGGUAAGGAAAUAAGAUUCAUUACUAACUUAUCAACCGAGGAAAAGCUAAUGGCAAGCAAGGUCUGCACUGCUUUUGAUCAAACCAUUUGUGGAUUUGACCUGUUACGAGUGAGUGGUAAAUCUUAUGUCAUUGACGUCAACGGAUUCUCAUUCGUCAAGGAUAACGAUGCUUAUUACGAUUCUUGCUCAAGUAUCUUGAGAGAACUGUUCUUGAAAGAGAAGACCAGAAGAGAUUCGCUGAAAGUUCGUCUUCCUUUCCCGGUUGUGCAAGAGGAAAAAACCCAAAAGUGGGUCUUUAAGGGUAUUGUAUCAGUUAUCAGACACGCUGAUAGAACCCCUAAACAAAAGUUCAAGUACUCUUUCAGAUCUCCCCUGUUUGUGUCCUUGUUGAAGGGCCACAAGGAAGAGAUAAUUAUUAGGCAGGUCGAAGACCUCAAGAUCGUUCAUGAAACAGUCUUGGUUGCCCAACGUGAAAAGGCCGAAGAUCCUGCAAAGCUUGCACAGCUAGCCGGGGCAUUAGAGAAGAAAAUGACUUUUCCCGGUACCAAGGUUCAAUUGAAACCCUCGUUAGAUGCAGAUAAUAACGUGGAGAAAGUUCAGUUGAUCAUUAAAUGGGGUGGUGAACCAACUCAUUCUGCUCAAUAUCAGGCUACUGACGUCGGUGAACAGCUAAGACAAGAUGUUCGUCUUUUGAAUAAAGAUUGCUUGAAGAACGUGAAAGUUUUUACAUCUUCUGAAAGAAGAGUUGUUGCCUCUGCCAAAUUGUUUUCUUCCUCUUUCCUUGGUGAACAAGAGCUACCUGAUGAUUAUUUGGAGGUUCGUAAAGAUUUACUAGAUGAUUCAAACGCAGCCAAAGACUUGAUGGAUAAGGUGAAGAAGAAAUUGAAACCUUUGUUAAGACAAGGAAAGGAUGCUCCUCCUCAGUUUGCAUGGCCACCAAAGAUGCCCGAACCAUUCGUUGUCAUCAAACGUGUUGUUGAAUUGAUGAACUAUCAUCAUAAGCUGAUGGAGCACAAUUUUGCUACUAAAGAUGUUGCAAAACUGCAAACAAGAUGGUGUUGUGGGGAAGAUGCAUUCUUGUUUAAGGAAAGAUGGGACAAGUUAUUUCAGGAGUUCAUAUCCGUGGAGAAAGUACACCCUUCAAAGAUAAGUGAAUUGUAUGAUACUAUGAAAUACGAUGCGCUACAUAAUAGAAGUUUCUUGCAAGAAAUAUUUUUACCUGAUGAUGCAGUCCAUGAAGUUGAUCUUGAACAAUCACCAUGCCUGGUUAGAGAAUAUCCAAUCAACAUACUUGCCAUGAACAAUUUCCGGAUCACAGAUAGUUCAUCCUUGGACACUAGUAAUUCUCCAAAUACUGUGGGAUCAAUCGGAUGGAUUCUUGAAAGUGACAAGCAUAGCAAGUCCAAGGUUUCUGGCAGCUCUCCGGGUUCUCCAUUUGAUGACCCUAAAUUUGCUAUGCUGCGAGAGUUAUACCGUCUAGCUAAAGUGCUCUUUGACUUUAUCUGCCCUCAAGAGUACGGAAUUGAGGAUAACGAGAAAUUGGAUAUUGGCCUUUUGACAUCAUUGCCACUUGCCAAACAAAUUUUGUCCGACAUUUCAGAAAUGCGAGAUUCAGGAACGGCAGGAAGUGUAAUCUACUUCACUAAGGAAAGUCAUAUCUACACCUUGUUGAACGUAAUUUACGAAUCUCAGUUGCCAAUGAAGAUAGCCAGAAACGCUCUCCCCGAAUUAGAUUACCUUUCUCAAAUUGUAUUCGAACUGUACGAAAGUGAGGAUAAGGACGGUAACAAGAAACACGCCAUCAGAUUAUCGUUGUCUCCUGGGUGUCACACUCAGGAUCCUUUGGAUGUUCAACUGGACGCCAAACAUUACAUUAGUUGCAUUAGAAGAAUAUCUCUGACAAGACAUUUGGAUAUGGACUUGGUUACUCAAAGAUUAAAGAGUAGAUUCUCUAGAGUUAGACUACCCAAGAGAUUUACACCUGUGAAUAUCUCCAGUCCACUGACAGUUGCUCGGAGCUGA